AUGUUAAUGAGAUCAUUUUUAAUUCCCACUAUUGUCCUUUCGCUUAUUCUAGUAUCGUCAAAUUUUGCUGCUGAACAAGAUGGUGCAGAUUUUGAUUACAAUGAACGUGGUCCAGAGCAUUGGAGUCAACUCGAUGCGAAAUACAAACUGUGUAAAGAUGGGGAAAGGCAAUCCCCGAUUAAUUUUAUUACUAGUAUUGACCUUGCAAUAAAACUACCUAAUGUAAAUUUUAUUAAACAAAAUACACCAAAUGUUAAAUUUCCAACUAUUUCAAUGAAAAAGGAAGGUCACGCUACCAAGUUCUUACCACAACAAUUGAUAGGUAGUUCUUUUGAUUCUGUACGUUAUAUCUUUAACCAAGUUCAUUUUCAUACUCCCUCUGAACAUCGCUUUGACGGAAUACAUACGGAUCUUGAGGCUCAUUUUGUUUUUGAAGAUUCAGUUACUAAAAAAUAUUCAGUUAUUGGUGUCCUUUAUGAAGUCGAUUGCGCCGUAGGGAGUAGUAGCUUUUUUGAUUCAAUUAUUAAACUUUAUAACCAGGAUCCUAAUGCUAAAGACAAUGUUCCUGUAGACAUCAAUUCAGAAGUAUUUUCACAUAUUAAGGAGGUUUAUAAAUAUUUUGGAAGUCUUACUACACCUAAUUGCACCGAAGAUGUUACCUGGUGGGUCGUUAAUAAACCUCUUUUAAUCAGCACAUCUCAGUUAGUUAAACUUCGUAAGCAUAUUGGUUUCAAUUCACGCCCCACUCAACCUAGAAAUGGACGUAAAGUACCUCCUGUUGAAAAUAAAUAA